GUGUCGCACAUGCGCAGUACAAAUCGGGUAGCAACAGGCACGUUAGCCACAAUCUUUCAAAACAGCUGCCAGAGAUGACGGUUUCAAGGUUACCACAUGCAGCGCUCACCUUAAAACAGGUAAAUUCUAAAGAAUAAUAUACACUCUCACAGAGAACUGCAGAAACCGACACCUACUGAACUCUACUCAUUUAAGACAGAGAAGAUAAAUGGUAAUGUGCUUCAGAGACUGAACCGGUUUUCUUGUGUGUUAGUUUUUACAGAGACAGAAGAUUCUGGGGAUUUACAGAAACAUGCUGAGGACCAUCCGGCAGGUACCAGCGGAGGCAGACCGGAAGUACCUCAGAGACUGGGCCAGAGACGAGUUCAAGAGGAACAAGAACGCCACAAACCCGGUAAAGAGGGAGGGUACUCCUGUUUGUCUUUUUAUUUGACAGUCAUCGAGGUCCCAUGGAGGUGAUCUGGCAGCUCUGUGAUUGAGGAGUUGAUGUCCAAAACUAGCCAAAGAAAGAGCAAAGUCUCCAUUCCAUCACCUCCUUUUUUACACUCUGAUUUUAUUCGUGUGGUAUGGGUUGUCACUGAUGUCUGGUCUGUUCUGUAUCCCGGGUCUUUGCUACUUCUCUGUUUGCCUUGGCUUUUCAUAUAUGCACUUAAAAGAAGGGCAAGGUGUGCUCUGCCUGCAUCAGACUUUGACAUCUCACAUAUGCUCGUAAUAAUGAAUCAGAUUUCUUACAGCACUUUAUCAGAGACUCUCAAAGCGCUUUACAUUAGAUACAUCAUUCAGUUGCUCACACAGUCACACUCUGGUGGUGGUAAACUACCUUCAUAGUCACAGCUGCACAGGGGCAGACUGACGGAAAUGUGGCUGCACAGACACUGGGACCAAGGUGGGUUGAGUGUCUUGCCCAAGGACACAUUGGACAGCCUUGGUAUAGGGGGGAAACGAACCGCCAACCUUCCAGUUAUUGGACGAUCACUCUACCUCCUGAGCUACUGCCGUUCAAGUGUUGAAUAUCUUCUUGCACGCAAACAAUUAAUUCUCUUUGACGUCUGUCCUAACUUAACUGAACCACUUAAAAAAUUUCAUGAAUAAACCUGUUAAAGUGCCUUUGAGUUCAUGAAGACUUUGAGUGCUAAUGUUUAGUUUUUCUCCAAGCUUUAUGCUGAUCACCUUUGGGGUUUUUCCGCUCACUAUGUCUUUCAGGAUGUGAUCCGUAUGAUGGUGACACAGGCCAACAACCACCUGGAGGAGCUGCAGAAAAGUUUGGCAUUGGCCAAGAGUUAACAUCUGUGACAACCGCGGACUUGAUCUGGACUGGCUCUAAAUGAAAACUAUCAUGUUUCACAGAGACCCUGGAGGGUAAAAUCCGGGAAGGGAAACUUCAGAAACUCUUCUUUGAUUGGAUGCCUUCUUGGAUGAUGGAAACAGCAUGGCACAUGUGAAGCAGGUCUCUGGUCGUAUUGUGCAUUUUAUGUAAGUGUUGUAUAUAUUAAAUUGGAACUCAUGAAAUCACAGA